AGAGGGAGGGGCUUCGAGUCCGGGGCGCGAAGAGUUUGAGGAGAGAAGGAGCUGUAAAAUGGCGAAUCUUUAAAACUAUAAUGGUAGAUACGUUUUAAUAUGACAAAAACAAAAAACAAACGUGUGGCAAUUUUGCUAAAUAAUUAGCUAUUCAACACGUCGUAACUAUAUUGUUGCGGGCGUCUGCUCAUUCCUAAACCGGUUUAUGGUAAACAAACAAAAAAUCGUAAACAAAGCUUGUUUCGCUAGCUUGAGCCAAGAAGCUAGCAAGCUAGUUAACGUUAGCAACUGUUGUAUCUGAAGUUAGCAUUAGCCAGUUCAUGUUCAACCAGCUGAGAAAUUUGCUAACUUCGUGACUACUAUCUACUUGGUGUACAUGGAGCAAGUGUCCCGUUCCAGCUAUGGCUUUGCAUAACUUAGUUUUUGUCAUUGAUGUGGAUUAUCGGCCAUCAGGACACGUCAAUGUCCAAAACCAUCCACUGAAGCAGGGCAUUCUCCGAAUUCUGCUUCAUUUCGGAUAUAAGUAUGGAUUCGAGAAGGUGCGAUGGGGUUACAAAUUCUGUCAAUCAAGAACUGGACGCAAUGGUAACCUGAUAUCCCGGGGCUCUGAUUUUAAAGAACUACGAGACAAAACUUUUGAAGACUUCGAGGUGGAGUUUCGAUUAAAGUUCGAUGCAAGUGUGAAGACAAUCUCGGCUCAGCCAAGGAAUCAACCCACCAGCCCUGCUGCUUCCAUACAGAAUGCAUUGAAAGAAGCUUUGUUGGACUUCCAAUGGGACAGACCAGAUAUCACCUCUCCCACCAAAUUGACAUUGAGACCCAGGAGAGGUCGAGCAGGUAAAGGAGGCCCUCUUUCUCCAGAGGAUGAAUUGUCAAGCCUGGGGAGAAAUGUGUUAUUCCUCUUGUCAAGCUGUCCUCACUCCAGGGCAGAUUUAGGAGAAUAUGUGUCCCUCGCUGGAAUCCCUGUAGGUGCCAGUCACACAGACGUGUCUGACCGUAUCCUACCCAAGGGACUCCAUGAAAUGUUGGUCCAACGUCAAGUUGUCCUUCACUGGGUGGACAGCACUUCAUACGUCCAGGUUAUGAGAAGUGAGGAGCACUGGGGCUCAGAUAUGCUUUCUGAGGUGUUGAGGGAGAUGGGUGGUAGAGUCGUCCCCAUGGACGCCCUGCUAAACCUCUGCUGUCCACACAAGUCCUACAGUGUUCAGUCCCCCGUAGACUCCCCUUCAGAUGCCAUUUUGGGGCGAGAGACCUUUCCACUCGACUCUAGCAUGGGAUACCUGUUGUCCUCAGAACGACUGUACCGCCUAGCGUUUCCUGUCCUGGGGGGAGUCCUGCGAUGGGGGCAAGGUGAUGCUCCACAGAGCUGCAGGGUGACGUUGGAGCCGGUUGCCCUCAGACAGAGGCUCCUCCCGGCCCCCGUGGAGGUGUGUCUGAAAGGGGUCCUUCAGGGCUGGGACGCCCACUCCCUCACAGAGGCGUCCUCAGAGUCCUGGGUGCUGCAGUGUUCCAUCAACAACCACACAGACCAGGGCCAAGCUGUCUUCCAACAGCUACUAAGGGAGCUCUCUGCCCAGGCUCUUCACAUGUUUGCAGAGGUGAGUGACGGAGGAGACUUGCCGUGCUCGGCCUUCCUGUCUCCCCUCUCAGCCCUCACGGCUUUGCUCACCGUCCUUCGGCCCAGUGUCGCUUCCAGCUACCACACCCUGACCUUGGAUGUCAUCGCACCAGCAGCGGCGGACAACUCCUCAGACCUGCCCGAGAUAGUCAGCAGUGUCCUGGGAGGGUUCUAUGACAUCAUGGAGGGAGAUGGAGCUCCUCGAGUUGAGCACCAGGUUCCUGACUGGGCACAGCAGGAGCUCAGCCAUUGGUCCAGCCCUCUGACCGCUGGGCUGGUGGAGGGCUGGUUCCCGCACGCAGACCAAUCAGGAGUCAGCUCCCACUUAAUGGAGUCAAUGAGGCUGCUCCAUGCGGUGCCGGAGGGUGAAACCGAGGGUCAGGAAGAGGAGCUGUCGGGCCCUCAGCAGGACUUGGUCAUCAGCCUGGCAGACCUCUACCAGAGAAUAACCUCCCAGUCCCACAGUGACAAGACGGGGAAGAAACGGGGCACCCAGCGCACGCCAGUGAGGCAGAAGAUGAAGACGAUGAGCCGCUCACUGCAGAUGCUGAACGUGGCCCGUCUGAAUGUCAAGGCCCAGAAAAGCCAGGCUGGAGAGACUGAGGUGGGGGCGUCGGGGGCAGAGGGCUGCAGGGGACAGGAGAGGCUGGGGAAAAGACGCACAGGAAACAGGGCCAAGACUGGACCCCACGCCCAACACUUCAAGAGCGAGGCCGAGCUGCUGUCCCACCUGAAGGCCGGCUAUGAGAAGACGGUGGCUGAGAGAGACUCCUCCCUCCUCACUGAGGCCCAGCACCUCCUCUCUGCUGUCAGGAUGUUCCAGGGACCCAACCCAGACCUGGGGGUCUGGCUGUUCGUCCAACAGAACCUGCUCAAGUCCAGCAAGUCCAUCCGCCAGCUUUACAGCAACGCUCCGGACGCCGACAGCAAACUCAGAGAGUGCCAGCUGCAGGCGGUUCUCAGGUUGGAGAUGUGCCGACUCCUCCCCUCUGAGCAGCAGGCCGACACACCGGAUGUGGAGCAGACAGUGGAGGAGGUGGCUGACAUGUUGAGGAUCAUCUCUCUAACCAAAGACCCUGUGUACCUUGCCAAGUUCCUGCAAGAUGAGGUCCUUCCUGCGUUCCUGACGGCCAUCCCUAGGGUCCUAGCAGACGUAUACCACAGCCUGGGAACCCAGCUGCCCGCCGCCCUGUCAGCCGUGUUGCCCUCGGACUUCUUCAGCGACGAGUCCGUGACCAGGGACAGCGUCUCCUCCUCUCCUCCCCUCUCCACGGCCCUCAGCAUGGCCUCCGACUGCGGGGAGCGGCUACAGGAGCUCCGCGACCGCUCCGCCAGCAAGAGGAGGAGUGGGAGGCUGACUCGCCAUCGCAGCAUGACUGAAGCAUCCCAGAGUCUACAGAUCGAGGUGCCCAGGAAGACCACCAGAGCGGUCAAGCCUAAGCUCUGUGUUGCUGUGGAGAAACCAGCCGCUGAACCGCCCCCAAAGCAGGCUGCACAAGAGGUCACAAAGGUCCGGAGGAACUUGUUCAACCAGGAGACUAUGUCCCCUUCCAAGAAGGCCAAGAUGCCCAGGAGUCGGUCUGUCUCCGCCAUGGAUGGACUGAAGCGUAAAGGCUCCCAGGCAACAGAAGGUGGUGAUCGACAUUCCCUCCUGACCAAAAAGGUGACGGAGACGCCCCUUCAUAAGCAGGUGUCCAACCGUCUGCUGCACAGGCAACAGAUGGGCAGGAGGUCUGUCCCGACAGACGAGUGCAUCGUUGAGGAGUCGCCAGUGAAGCCCCUAGAAGACUUGAGGAGGAGUCCAAGAUUGGAGAAGUUUGCCAGGAGACAUUCCAGUUUCUACUCAAGCUCCCAGCCUCGUUCCCGCAACCUGGACAAAGCUCUCUCCUCUCAGCUCCCGCUCAGUGACAGCAAAAUAGGUGCGGUAAACCUGCGGUCAGUACGGUCUCCAGUACGUCUUCUGUUUGAAGCCACACAGUCCAGGUCCAGCUGGAGGCAGUUGUCUAACUCUGAUGUCUUCCAGAGUCCAAAGAAUACUCCCACAAAGUCGCCUGGUAGACACCGUAGGUCUGCUAGAGGGAGCAAGACACCAAGAAGCCCUCAGACCCCCAGAACACCUAAGAACUUCAGGUCCUCCAGGGUCCAGAGUUACUCAGUCACAGACAGCCAGAUGGCAGGGCCCUCUCACGGGCAGGGUGGCAUGGCCCUGAGGGGCAGCCCCUUCAGAUCCCCAGCCAGGAGGAGCUUGGUGCUGGAGACGCCCCAAAAGGAGAGCCCUCUGAAGGGUAUCCUGAGGACUCCGGUCAAGACAUUACUGGAGCGUCUGUCUCCCAUCGGCCCUAGCCUGCUCCAGAGCCCACCCUGCUCCAGAACGCCCAGGAAGCACGUCACCUGGUCCCCAUCUCCACAGAAACUUAGAGUCGCGGAGACUAACACACCCUUCAAGGUGCCUGAGUCGCCUCACCUUUCCACCCGACGCUCUCCAAGGCUGUUUAUGAACACACCUGACAAGUUCUGCAGUCCACUCAAGAGUCCUAGCAGCAAACAGGCGAUAUCUAAAACUCCAGAAAAAGUAGUACAGAGAUCGCAUAGAGUUUCCCCCCAAGCGUCUCUGUCCAGGAUUCCGGAAAAUUCUGCCGCAGGUGGCGUUGAGGUGACGCCAGAGAAAAGUGGACGCCCGAGGUCUUCCAAACGGCUUAUGGGAAAGUUCAACACACCUGUUAAGGAUGAGCAGGACCUCCCUGAUGGUACUCAGAAACACCCCUCUUCUGGUUCCACACCACCUCCUGACCACCCACCCACUCCCACCACCCCAACUCCCAGGAAAUCUCUGAGCCCUGCCCACGGCAUGCUCGCACCCUCUGGAGGGACCCCGGUUGAAGAAUCUCUCUCCAUGCCUCUGCACCAAGGCAUGCGCACACUGACGAAAAGGGCCUCAGGAUUGUCAAGGUCCGUAACGUCACCAAAGACUCCUGUCAAAACCCAACUGAAUAAAACGACAGUUGUCACCGCCUCUUCAGCUAAACGUUUGACCAGGACUAGCUCUGGCCAGGGUGUGCAAGCUAAAACCAGGCAGAAUCUGAUAUCCCUGUCCAAUGGGAGUUUAACUGUUGUAGCAGCAAGCACGGAUCUUACGAGUAAGGAAACCGGUGACACCGUGUCCAGCCUAAAUGUGCCGUUAGACUUCCACGAGAGGGAGCCGUCUUCCCAGGCCUUGGGGGGAGAGAUGGAGGCCAGCUCCCAGCAGCUUGACUCUUCCCAGUUCAGCACCACCUCCGAGGACGAGAGCAUCGACAUCUCCGAGGCCAAAGUGGUCAUGACCCAAAUCACUGACGGCCUCAAGAUGAACAUAUCUUUCUCCAGGAAACCCUCAAAGACCGACCAAGUCUUCCAGUUCACCGAAGCCUCUACCAAACAGCCAAUACCCUUAGAAACCAGUAAACCUGGGAGAAGCUACGGUUUCCGCCAGACCCCUGACCGCCAGCAGAGGGAGGCGGCAGUCCGUUGGGGGUACUCCACUGAACCAUCUCGGUUCUCCACCCCCAGGACUUCAGGAACCCCCACAAGUCGCAAGAAAGAGCUCGUCACCCCAAACCCCCUAACAUACAAAGUGGAGCUGGAGAUGCAAGCGUCGGGGCUGCCCAAGCUUAAGUUAAAGCGCAUGGACUCGUUCAAUGCCGGAGAUGGGGCUGCAGCGUCUCAGACUCCCACUGACCGUAUGACCCUCCCCCACACGGACAGCCCUCUUGCGCUCUGCUCCAAACACAGAGACCCCGGUCACGUCUCGCCAUUGCUAUGCACCCACGGCACUCCCGCCAAGGGCACUCCGGGGAAAGGGGGCUUCCAGACGUACAUCUGCCAGUCCUACACCCCCACGCGCUACCCUGCAGGGACCAUGUCCCCCCCCCUGGGCACAGUUGAGCUCAUCCCCCUGACGCCGUCCCCCCAGAGCAUGGGGAGGUCCACCCCAGAGAGCCUCAACAGCUGGCCCCGCAAAAAGAGGGCUCGGCCUGGGGUGGUGGGCGGCAAGCAGCGGGGACUGAAGGAGGAGCUCCUGCUAGAGGGGCUGGAGAUAUUGGACGAGGCAGAGCUGGAGGGUAUCUACAGACUGAAGGAGACGGAGGAGACUGACGCACUACUACUGACUCCCACGUCCAGCCAGGUUACCAGGCCCUCCCCUGGUAAAAGAGCAGGCUCUCCUCUGGACCAGCUGGAGGACAUGGACUGGAUGGAGAGCCAGGUUCAGCAGGCUAAAGGUGCCGAGCCUCUGAAAGAUGAAGAUUCCAUCUUGGCCACUGGAACUGUUCACUCAGUGGUAACACCCCCGAGCUCUAAGGUGAGGAAGCCAGUGUCUGCCAGUGGAAUUCUAGCCCUCACUCAGUCGCCCAUGUUAUUCAAGGGGAAGGCAGGUUCUGCCACCAAGAGAACUCGUCAUUUUAUAGAUGAAGCCCAUUCUCAGAAGAAGAUGGAGUUUGAUUUGGAGCGCUCUCCCUUCAGCCAGCACCCUAGGCGGUCAACUACAAGAAACACCGACAGCAGGAAGAGACUGCUUGACUGACCUGGACUGACCUGGAUUGGAUUGACCUGGACUGACCUUGCCUUGACUGGAUUGGAUUGACCUGGAAUAGCCUGGACUGACCCAGAAGUCACCCUGUCAGACUUUUUUCAAUCCAGCAGCAAUUUUGUAAGGUAUUCUUUAAACAGGGGGCCCAAAUGUUGAUUAUUUCAUAUGAAGCCUCAGAAAACCCUAAAGAACCCUACAACCCUAAAGAGAACAUCUUUGAACACUUGGAUGUUUCUCCAACCCUGGGUUGAUGGCUGGUUCCUUUGGUUUGGAAUGUGUGUGACUGAAGUACUUGCUUGGGAUAUUUGUGACUCCAUAAGGUCAAAUACAAACACUUUUUUUCUCCCCUCCCUCUUUGGAUCAAAAGCGUUAGUUGAACUAUAUUACAAUCAAGUCACAUCAUGAACGUUUAAGAGAUUUGUGGUUCUUGAUGUUUAUUUAUUGGCUAGUUUGUUGGUCGAUUUCUUUUUUCUUUCUUUUUUGUCACCAAUACUAUUUUUUCAUAAGGGAAGAUAUGUACAUAUGUUUAUAUAUUAAAAUUAUUUUGUAAAUAAAAGCUAAACUCAUUUAAAUAAAGCAAUUAACAUU